GACCACCAAAUUUUAUUUCCACCGAUCACAAUAGUAUCGGGGCAGGUGUUGGCACGGAAGCACUGUGCAUGGACUCCCUGUUCUCCCUAACUCCCUCGCCUACGGUCAUCCCCUCUGCCUGAAACAAAAUACCCUCUUCGAAGAAUUCUUCCCUCUGCCACAAUGUCCUACACUAACGGCAACGCAUUCCCGGACGAGGAUGUGGAGGAAGAAACCCUCGUGGCGGACUAUCAAGAGCAAGUGAACAACUAUGAUGAUGAGGGCGCGGACCUGGAGCGCGGAGAUUCGAUCAUCAGUGGUGGACCAGCCGAUCUGCGAGCGCAACUCGAAGCUGCCGCUGCUCCUUUGGAGUUCCAAGCGAGUCUGGAGACCAAAUUCCAAAGCUAUGACAACUACUGCUCGCUUUUCCACUACAUCCUCAACUCCGAUGGCCCUGUCGAAAUCGAGACACCCUCUUACUAUUGGGCUUGGGACGUAAUCGAUGAAUUCAUCUACCAAUUCGAAUCCUUCUGCCGCUAUCGCAACCGAGUGGCCCGCACUGCGCCUACUGAAGAAGAAGCACAAAUCCUGCGGGACAAUCCCAACACAUGGGGCUGCUACAGCGUUCUUAACGUCCUGUACUCAUUGAUCCAACGCUCGCAGAUCAACGAACAGCUUGCCGCCACGAAGAGAGGCGAAGACCCCAUGGCUGUAGCGGGGGAGUAUGGCUCGCGCCCACUCUACCGCAUGCUGGGAUAUUUCUCCAUCAUCGGCCUUUUGCGGGUGCACUGCCUCCUCGGAGACUUCAGUCUCGCUCUGAAGACCCUGGACGACAUCGAGAUGAACAAGAAAGCCAUGUUCGCCCGCGUCAUGGCUGCGCAUCUGAACACAUACUAUUAUGUAGGCUUUUCUUACAUGAUGCUCCGCCGCUAUGCGGACGCCGUGCGCAUGUUCAGCCACAUCCUGGUAUAUGUGUCUCGCACCAAGAAUUUCCAAAAGGGACCCAAUCAAGGGCAAUUCGACGCCAUCGCGAAGAAGACUGAGCAGAUGUACGCCCUCAUCGCUAUCUGCGUGUCCUUUGCGCCCACACGCCUGGACGACUCCAUCCAUACGGCCCUCCGCGAAAAAUACGGCGAGAAGUUCGCCAAACUGCAACGUGGCGGCACGGAGAGCUUGCCGAUCUUCAAGGAAUUGUUCCAGUCCGCAUGUCCGAAGUUCAUCAGCCCUACACCGCCGGACUUCGAUAACCCUUCGCUCAACAUCGACCCUGUCGACCACCACACCGAGAUCUUCAUGGACGAAGUCCGCAACACUCUCUUCAACCCGCUGAUCAAGUCGUAUCUGAAACUCUACACGACAAUGAGCAUUCAAAAACUCGCCGGCUUUUUGGAAGUCGAGCCCGAAAAGCUCCGCAGCUGGCUACUCGUGAACAAGCAGCGAAGCUGCCGGCAGAUCCGCUGGACCGAAGGUGGGUUGCUGGAAGGCGAGAUCGUGGGUGUCCUAGGCAACGGAAGUUCCGAGGGGUUGGAUUAUGCCAUUGAGGGCGACUUGAUCCACAUCAGUGAGGCGAAGCAGGGGAGGCGGCUGGUGGACUGGUACCUGAGAAAUCUGGCGAGGUCCUACUAAAGCGUGGAGAAAGACAAAAGUGAGAUUGCUGGGACCAAAAAUGGGCGACGAGACAGGUCACAGCUUGUGGGGAGGGAAACUUUGGGUUGUUCACGACUGGUGCUAAGCCAGGGCGUGCGCCGGGAGCACGAAAGGAUCGAUCCGUCGCUAAAGAUGCCAUGGAUAGAUGGCGCCAAAAACAAGGGACAUCCACGAGCUUGCCUGGAAGUCUUUUCGAAAUCGAAAUCAAGCUGAUGUCGAUGCAACGCCCUCUUGGAACCAGCCAAGAAAGACCAAAUCAGGGAUUCGUCACUGCGGUGAAGGUUGAGAGAUCAUCGAACACGAAGCGAAUAGUACAACGCAGCAGCGUCCCUUGUUCUAAGUGCUGCGCAAAACGGCCCAUGCACGAUGAGACAAAAGUACCGCAUGUUGGGGUCUAGAGGCAAAUAUGCUUUGCCAGAAUUUGAUUGCGUUUGGCUUUUGA